CUUUCGAUUUCUUCCGCCGCUGGUGCGCUGUCGGCUGUGCCGCGUGGUUUAUGGCUACAUAUUCUCGCGCUUUGUGCUCUCCAGCAGCAGCAGCACGGAUCGAAGGAAGGAGAUAGGAGCGCACCCAUGUAGCCUAGCUGGAGUUAUCCGAAGGGUGCGUUGUAUUUUCCUGUGGGUCGCCACUAGAGCAAGAAAGUUUUCUGCGAUUUGCGAAAAUUGGAUUUUUAGAGUUUAGAUUUCGAUUAGUUUUACAUUACGAAAUGUGGACUAAAAUUGAUGACAUGUGAUGACAUAGUUGACGGUGAAAACCACGAAAACGGUUGUGCGUAGGCGAAAAGGGGGCGUAUAAUUGCGACAGACAGCGUGGACAUUUUCGAGUGUUAUCAAUGCAGUGACAAUACUCCUAUUAUAUGUAUAUUUGGUGCCUGUAGAAACUAGAACGUAAAAUUGUAUCAUUGUCGUCUAUUCAAAGAGUAUACUAGUUCAACUUUUUUGAAAGCGAUUACUUUCGAAUGGUUUCAAAUACGACCCGACAUUACUCUGUGUUUAUGAACCAAUUGUGAUGCUUAUCGAGGUAUUAUGAGAGAGCAGAAAAUGUUUCAAUUUCGUAUCAACUAGAACCGAACCGCUUGACUGCCUGCGGUCAGCAAUCAGAGUUUAGUCUUUAUCCAAACGUGGCGCAUGAAAUAUCGCCGUUGUCGUGAGUAAUUAACCGUGCAAUAGUUACCAUAGCAAGCGGUGCAAUCGAGAAAAAAAUGUCACGCAGACGACACAUUUGCAUUCAAUCACGGAUUCCUUGGAUAGUGUAGAACGAUUUGAAGAAGUCGAAGGUGACAGUUCCGGAUUCCUCGAGUUAUUCUGCGAGUUACAUAAGUCAAGUGAUAUUUUCGGCGGAACGAACUCAUAUUUAAUUACACUAGCAAUCGAUUACCUCAUAUUGGAGAAGCAUAAUUAAAAAAUCACAUCAUCAGUACGAACGACAAAUGGGAACAUGCCCUAAUUGCGAGCCAAUGGAUGUCCGCCCACUUUCCUGUUGUCUCCUCUGCAAGAUAAACUAGCCAUCUAGUUGUCUGGAUUCUAAACAGCAGCAGACAACUCUCACCGUGUCAUCGAUAAUCCUCAUCACCAUUUUAUCCGCAAGAAAAAACGCCAAGCUGAGACUGAACCUCAUAACAUACACAUUUGAAAUGCAUCGAUCAUGAGAUUUCCCAAGGUAUCGCCGAAAAAGUGUUUUUUCCUUGUUUUAUGUUUCGCCGUUCUUGUGCUGUUAGUUUUCAACCUGAGGGAGCUGAAUAGUAAAUCAACACAUCCCAACUACAAUCGCGACGAGUACCAACUGGAGUACAACAAUCAUGGUUACGUCAAGGACGAUACCGCCAAAACAACCGAGGUACUCGACCGACUGGACCAAUCGGAUCGCGAGGCGGACAAUUUGAUCGAUCAAAACCAACCGGACGAUCAGUCGCCGCAUGAGAUCAAUGAAAUCAACUACAGUCAACGACCGUGGUACUUCUCCAACGGGGUUCGUUACCCGAAACCGGUGCGUCGCAACCGGAAGACGAACAAACGCAUCGCGCGGUUGCUCCCGUCGGAAACUUCCCGCAGCGAUCGGAUAACCAACCAGCUGAUGUACGUUCCACCGAAUUACGAGGCCAUCAAACGCAAAGGCAAACUGAAAACGAUCCUCCUGUACAACGGACUGGGGCCGUGGAACGUGAAGGCCGGCCGCGAGGUGUUCUACAACGCCAAAUGUCCGGUGUCCACCUGCAGUAUCACGUCGGCCCGGGAGAAGGCCAUCACGGCGGAUCUGAUCCUGUACAAAGAUCACUACAUUCCGCCGGCUGUGCCACGAUCGGCGCACCAGAUCUAUAUGAUGUAUUUCUUGGAGUGCCCCUACCACACGCAGCACGUGAAAUUCCCCGAUGUGUUCAACUGGACCGCCACUUACAGGAAAGACAGUGACGUGGUUGCCCCCUACGAGAAGUGGGAGUACUUUGAUCCCCGGAUCCGACAAGUCGAGCAAGAUCGCAACUACGCGCUGAACAAAACCCGCAAGGUGGCCUGGUUCGUGUCGAACUGUGGAGCCCGAAACGGACGGCUCCAGUACGCCCACGAGCUCCAGAAGCACAUCCAGGUGGACAUCUACGGUGCCUGCGGGACGUACAAGUGUUCUCGUACUACUGCGGACAAGUGCUUUGAAAUCCUCGACCGGGACUACAAGUUCUAUCUGGCGUUCGAGAACUCCAACUGCAAAGACUACAUCACCGAGAAGUUCUUUGUGAAUGCCUUAAACCGUAACAUCUUGCCAAUCGUGAUGGGAGCUCGACCGGAGGAUUACGAAGCCAGUUCGCCGCAGAAAUCCUACAUUCACGUGGACGAGUUUGCCUCACCGAAGGAACUGGCCGAGUAUCUCAACAUACUGGACAGAAACGAAGAGCUCUACAACUCCUACUUCAAGUGGAAGGGAACGGGUGAGUUCAUCAACACGUACUUCUGGUGCAGACUUUGCGCCAUGUUGCACGACGAAGCGUCCUUCCAAAAGCCCAAGUGGUACGAUGACAUCAACGAUUGGUGGCGAGGUCCAGGUGUUUGUACCAACGGAUCCUGGCGGAACUAUCGAGCCCGAAAGGAUGCCAUCAGCGAGGAGUAGGACUGAGUAAAAUAACUCAAUCGAUGUGAUUCGUUCUAAGUUUAAUUGUUUAACAAUGGCCAAGGUCGCUUAAUAUCCAACGAUUUGGUCUACAGUCCAUCAACGUCAAGCGAGAUACCAAGAGACAAGCGGAAGGAAUUAGAAAGAGUAAUUGUAUAGUUUAGGAAUUAUGAAUGACUUUGUAGAAGUUUAGUUUGUUCGAAUAAUGAAGAACUGAAAAACUAAAUGAACAAUAUCGAUCUAGUCCAACUUUACCAAGAUUUGAAUUGUUAACGACGGAGGAUCUCACAGGAAGUAUAGGAAUAUAAGAAGGAGCAGAACAAUCGUAUAAAAAGACACAAAUUCUAAGCCUAGCGGAAACAAUUCGACUACUACUAGUACUAUUGCAAACUAAAAACUGAUACCAAACUGGUUUACAAACGGUCUAGGGAGCCAGAAAAGCCGAUAAUUUUAAGUCUUGUACUACUAAUUACUCAUUUGUGAUUUUAGUUGUAUUGAGUUAGUUGUUGUUACUUACUUUAGUCUAAUUGCAUCGGUAGUUUGUACUACUUAUCCCAAUAUAUCACUACUACCAUCAAUUCAUAAUCCAUUUCAUUGUCAGUAUUAUUCAAGCGCAACUGGCAUCGAACGGCCCGUACUUUCUCAUACAACAAACAAACGCCGGGUGAUACUUUUUCCUGUUCUAUAAAGUUACAGAAGGAGGUAGCAAGCAAGCGCAAGCAUACUUAUUUUAGCUAGGAGUUCACAUAUGAUUCAAAUUAGUUCAAAUUAAUAUGUGUAAUAAUAUUAAUAUAUUAACGAUUACUUCACACAUAAGUUUGAGAGUCAAUUGUCGUCAUAAAGGGACAUUCAUCUUCAUAUUCGACGAAAAAAGAAGCAAAUGAUGCAUGAGCAACAGUGAAGAAAUUACACAAAAGCGCAAAAAAAACGUAACCAUUGUUCGAAUAAACUUUAUGUUACUUAACGAUAUUGAUGCUAAUUUAAAAAAAGAAAAUAAAACCAAAAAGAAAAACAAUAA